AUGACUCCAAUGAUGAUAAAUGUUGAACACGUUUGCACUGUUGCCGUUAAUAAACUUAACAACUCUUCUUAUACAGCCCGUGAAGGUGGGCUAAGAAGAUUUGUGUUGUUACAUAACUUUCUUCGUAAAUUUGAGUGGCAAGAUGAUGAUAUAAAAAAGGAUGAAGAGUAUUGGCUUGAAUCUACCUUGGUACUCCUCAAACCAUACGAUGAAUACAACGAAUAUAACGAAUAUAAUGAUGAAUACAAUUACAUGGAAUUGUUACAAAAUGGAAUGGACAUUGUCACCGAAGAUAUCAUGAUGCCACAAGAUAUUGACUCUCAUGAACUUAUUACCCAUUUUGAUCCUGGUGCUGAUAGCGAUAUAAAUAUGUUAGAGAAUGAUUAUGGAACUUUGCACCAUGAAAAUUUUCAUCCAUAUUGGAAAGAUAAUAGUAUAAUAGAUUCAUUCCUCGAUCAAAGUAUGCAAUCUAUCAGCAUUCCACGAAUAUUUCAACGUUAUCGUUAUCGUUGGUCUGAUGUUCCUUCUCACAUUAACGCUAGUGCUUUGUUUGACCUUCUGAGUAAAGAUCCUCCUCAACCUUUAUAUAAACGAUCAAAAGAUGAUCUUGACAUUGGUUCUUUGAAUUACAAAGAUUUAGACCAAGGAGUUCUAAUGGAUAUAAUCAGCAUGUUAGAAUAUCCAUUUAAAAAUAAUUUACCUUCUGUUAAAUCAAACAAUAAUGUAACUUCAAAUGCAAACAUGUGGUUCGUGGAAAAUGGAAAAUGA